UAUAAUGUAACAGCUAUUCCGUUUAUAUUGUGAAACUGGCCAUUUUAAAAACCGUUAAUGUUAGCUAAAUUGCUAAAGCGAACGUAGCAUUCUAGGGUUGUAAGAUAGAACUAGAUAGAACUCAACGUGUAAAUUAGCUUCUAGUUGAAUAAGAUAUGGGGUAUUUUAGUAAUUCCCUAUUUUUUCCCUAUAUCAACAAGACAACAGAAUAUACUGUGCUGGACUAAUAGUUGGCAAGAGAGAUAGGCGACAAAGAAACUUCACUGGGGCAUUGUAUCCUCAUAAAUCUUGUAGUGCUAGCUCACCACCACCACACUAAUCUCCUCGGGGGCGGCUUAACGCUACGGCAGCAGGCUGUGUGCCCCAGGCGAAGUCAGCUCAGUAGGCUACGGUGCUCUCCGGGCAUGUGUUAUGUUUAUAGGCUAUGUUCACACCAGUUCUUUGGGGAGUAGCCUACUGAAACGCUUGCUGUGAUGUGAAACUUUCAAAAAUGUUUCUAUGGGGAUACAAGAAACUAUUAAAAGGCUUACAAAGCCUUCACUGAAGUCAAAUGGCUGGGCGCAAUUACUAUGGGAGACAUGGUUGGACUCAAAGUGAAUCUGGGCACAAGAAGUCCAGAUUGCUGCUGCAGUGUAACCUGCCCCAGUGUGAGGAGAAUGUUGAUGAAGUCCUGGAUCUUCUGUCAGCCUGCAGUGAUGAUCAGAGACCUCACCUAGGGGCAGCCCGUGGCAAUGCACCUGUCCGAUCUACCUUUCUAGUGGAGCCCAUACUCCGACAGCAGCCUUUGAAUAGUGUCACUAUGCCAGGUAAUGACAGUUGUCUGUGCAGCUGGAAGAAAGGCAGCUCAAGUAUGACAGAUCAGAGAAACAGAAUGUGGGCGAAAAAAAUCACAUAUAGUGGUAGUAGCAUCCCAAUUACUAGCAGCACAUCUCAUGUUUGUACAACCAGACAUGACAGCCUGCCACAUAGGAAACGCUGGGAGAAGUCAGAAGGUGAUCUUGCCAGAGUGGCUCCCUUUGCUUCUCUGGAGUCUCAAAGGGUUGGAGAGAGGGCAUUCUGUUUUGGCAGGGAUCAGGCAGACGGUAGGGGGGCAAAGUUUGAGAGUCAGAGACACCCAAAACAGAGGGAGAGCCUCUCCACGUUUGAGGAUCUUCUGGACUCGUCCUGGGCGUCGGCUGCCUUGCACAGGACGAUGCUGGACCUGGAGAACAAUGAACAAGAGAGCAGCUCCUCCUUACUCCAGCAGUCACCACUUAGGUAUUCUCAUCGUAGCUCAAAGCCUCAGCUGAUUUUUCAGGAGGUUGAUUAUCUUUCACAGCCAAAUUUAAGCCUGUUUUCUGUUGAAAAUGCUAAGUCGUCGUCACAAAGCUCAGGGAUAAUGAGGAGUCAGACCCAAGACAGAAUUGUGAAAUCGGCCUUUGGUCCCAGGCUGUCGCCUCAGGAGGUGCUGUGCCUGCAAGAGGCUCUGUCACAGUCCAGUCACAGGCCGAUCGUGUCCAUGCCUGAGAGAGACGUAGAGCCAUCCCAUCUUCCCUCCCGCGACACAGAAUGGUGUGAGGACUGUGGACUAGCCGUGGCCGAGCCUGUGGCAGCAGGAAAGGCGUUAGUGCCAAAUUAUCUGUCAUGGAGAGAGAAACUCGAAAUGAAGGACAAUUUGGACCAAGCAAAUCUCAAAAUGAAGGAAAGCUGGAAGUCCACUCAGGGAACAUUGGAGCGAAACCAUGGAGAUAAGAUCUUGCAUUCCUUCAACGGCCAGUUGCAGCUGGGCAUCAGGGGGCCAUUAAAAGAAGCCAUUCCCUCUGACGGAUGGCGUCUCUCCUCAAAGCAGAAGCACUUACUGGAGAAAACGCAUUCAGUCACAGGACAAAGCAGUAAAGUCAACCCUGAACACCUCUCUAGUCAGGGGCUGAAAGACAUGUUGAAAGCACUGCGGUCGUCCACACAUCUUCAGUCCUGUCGGCUUCCUGGCAGCAGAGAGAUUUACGACCCAGCCCAGGAGGUUGGGACAGACGAGAGGUUCCAGGCUCUGUACAGGUUUCGCCUGCUGCAGCAGUGUUUCCGACGCUGGGCUCACUUGUGCAGGUGUCUGGCCGUCGCCCGGCAGUGCCACCGGAGGAGGGUGCUCUCAUCUGUCCUCCAUGCCCUGGGUCAGGCCGUGGAGAAGCGCCACGCACAGACACACACACUUCAGCAUUGGCAAAAAGCUUGGACGCUCGCUCAAGCAUUCCAGCAUUGGAAAGCUUGUGCAGCCGUCAGACAAGGCCAGAGAUCUAGCUUGAGCAGAGUGCAUGAUGGGACUGUGGAGGACCUGAGGAGGAGGCUCACCCAGCCCAGUAGCCCACUGGUGCUCCGUGAGACCUACUGCACCUGGAGGAGACACUCACAGGGCCAGGAGGUCCUCAGGGCAGCGCUCAUACACUACCACCUGGCCCUGCUGUAUAGGCACUGGCUGCGGUGGCGGCGUGAGUGUGUGAGGCAGAGACAGUGUGCAGAGCGGGAGGAACAGGCCGGGCGAGUGUGGCACCUCACCCUGCAGAAACACACUUUCGCUUUCUGGACAUUAGUCAGCAUCAGACACCAUCAGGCCCGACAGUGCUGGAGACACCAGCUGCAGAAACGAGCUUUCACUGCCUGGACAUCUGCUCACCAAAGACAACAGCAAGCCACAGGCCAGCACAGGCUGUGUGUGUUGUCCGCUGCAUGGCGUGUGUGGUUGGAGCGCUUGGAGAGGCGUAGGAGUGGUCGUCUGACGGAGGCGAAGGAGAGUGCUGAGUUGAUCAGGAGGAGUGUCCUCCAACACUGCCUCCUAGUGUGGUGGAGGAGAACUACCACUCGUCACAACAACAGAGAGAGAUCACAUCUUAUAGCCAGGAGGUUACUGCAGCGCUGGCGUCUGCUCUCCCAUCAGCACAGUCUCCUCAGACUGGCCUGCAGCCUCCAGCAACUCUUCUCCAGGAGGACACUAGAAGUGGCUUUCGGGAGGUGGCGUGCAGCGACGGCCCAGGCGGAGGUGAUGCGUAUCCAGGAGGAGCGAGUGCGCCUCCUACAGGACAGGAGGAGACUGCAGGCGGCUCUGAGGAGGUGGAGGAGAGCACUCAGAAUCACCAGAGGAGUCACACACCUGCAGAAGAAGAACCAGCAGACACAGAUAUCCAAAUGUCUUAAGGCCUGGAGGGGGUUGGUGUGGCAGGGAGCAACGCUAUCUCUUGUGUGGGACCUACGGGAAGUGAGGGGGGUCAAACAGAGUUUUCAGCAAUGGAGGACUGCCACGGAGCUUCACACUCAACACAAACACCUGCUUCUGUACCUCCUGUUCUCCAGACAGCACAACUUCCUCCAAGCCCAUGAGCACACACUCCUGUCCGUCAGACACCGCACACCUGAACAAAGACUCCACGAAGAAGACUGCAGUGUGAUGGUGAGCUCAGUGCUUCUGGAUGACCGAAGGACCUUGGAUGAGCUUUGUGACCGUCUCGUCCUGCAGAAGACUCUUCACACCUGGAGGGAGCAAGCACUCAAUAUGCACAAGGCCAGGCUGCACUGUGUGGCGCGGGGGCGAGAGCAUGCUGGCGUGCUGCUGAGGCGCUGGCACCAGCUGGCCCAGGAGGAGCUGAGCAGCGGCGUGCUGAGGUUCACCACCAGACUGGCACAGCUGGCACCGACAGGCACACACACGGCACCGCUGGACACCGCCCACUCCUCAGGGUACUACAGCAGCGGCCCUCUCUCUGUGUCCAUGCUGGAGAUCACGGCUGAGAGUGGAGGAGUGGGCUCCCACACCAACCAGAGUGGAGCCGAGCUGAGCGACUGGUCCCUCAGCCUGAGCCACAGAGAGGCACACUGCCCCCUGCAGGCCUCCUCGCCACACUACACCCAGCCAGCAGAUGUGUGUGUAGCCGAUGAGACGUCUGCUAGUUGUUCCCUGCACCCGAGUGCACACAGAUUAAAGGAGGUUGCCAGGGGUGCUCUGGCCAGGAUGCUGCAGCCGGCCCUUAGCAACGCCUUCCGCCAGUGGAGGAGUGUGACCACAACGAGUAGAGCGACGAGACGUCACGCCGAGUUCCACAGACAGACGCAGACACACACACUCCUCAGACGGGCUUUCAGCACGUGGAAGAGGGAGAUGCAGAAGCACGAGACAGCAGUGAAACACAGGCACCACACUUUGCUGCUGCGUAGUGUGUGUGUGUGGAGGGAGUGUGUGUCAGAGAAGGAGAACUUUGGCUCUGAAGCAGAGGGCAGAAGAGUUCCGCUGCAGCAAACUCCUCACACAUAGCUACUCAUGCUGGAGACAGCAGUGCUCUUUGAGACCAGUGCAGUGUAACCCAGAGGAAGAGGCCCUGCUAAUGCGUAAGGGGGCGUGGCUCCAGAGGUCAAGGGUUAGACGGAGGCUCAGCUGGACCUUCA